CUACAGCGACAGAAGGGUCGUGAACACACGUUUCAAGCACGUCAUCACGGGAGAUCCAGCCAAAGCAUUGGACGGACCAGCGGCGAAUUCUCCGUGAAAGCUAAGGCCCGGCUGAUCUUGUUACAGACUGAUGUGACGCAGGCGUGUCUGGCAGUGUCCCCCAUGAAGAAAGGGGCCAGCCUCCCGAACCACCGGCCCAAGCCAGGGGCUCCCGCCACGGCCGCUGACAUGACGGACGGUCCCCCUAUGCAGAGGAGCAGCCCUCUGCACGGCCGGCGCCACUUCACCAUGAGUGCCCUGACCGCUUCACACGAUGCACAUCAGCAGCCGAGAUGUCGGCCACGCUCCUCCUCUACGGAUGGCGGCAUCCCCAUGGACACCUCUCUCAGCUCAGGGUACCAGUCUACGGAGGAGACAGAACGGAUCGAGAGGUUGGAUGGGGGUGUUCAGGCGGCCCUUGCGGGUGCAGGCGAGAUCUCGGAUGAGGCUCUGGACCCUCAGCGCCUGCGGCAGGUGAUCGCGCAGCUGCAGCAGAAGAUCCUGAAGCUCACCGAGCAGCUGCGCAUCGAGCAGACGGUACGCGAUGAAAAUGUGGCCGAGUACCUCAAGCUGGCCAACAACAGCAGCGACAAGCAACAGAGCGUGCGCAUCAAGCAGGUGUUUGAGAAGAAAAACCAGAAGUCUGCCGGAAGCAUCGCUCAGCUGCAGAGGAAGCUGGAGCACUACCACCGGCGUCUGCGCGAGGCAGAGCAGGGCGGGGCCGGGGCCGCGGCGCGGCAGCCCAAGGCGGUGCUGCGCGACAUGCAGCAGGGCCUGCGGGACGUGGGGGCCCGCGUGUCCGAGUUCAGCGAGGGAGUGGUAGACAGCGUGCGCGGCGGCAUCUCCAGCAUCCAGCAAGUCACCCACCAGGCGGCCGCCAGGCCCCGCGAGAUUGCAACCCUCCUGCUGGCCUCCCGCAACCGCACCGGCAGCACCGACAACCUCCACCAGCAGGCCGGGGUGGAUAUCGAAACCAACGGUGAAGAAGGAGUGCUGGGUGGCAGUGGACGCUUUCAAGCAAGCCCAAAGUACGGCAGCGAGGAAGACUGCUCAAGUGGCACCUCAGGCUCGGCUGGGGCCAACAGCACCACCGGGGGAGCUCCGGGGGGCCCUCCUAGUUCCAAGGGAAACACUUUGGAGCGGGGCCAAAACGGUAGCUUUGACAUGCUGUUGCAGGAGGUGCAGGAGUUGAGGGAGGCGCAGGGCAGAAUGGAGGAGGCGCUGGAGGGGCUGAAGAGCCACUACACCCGAGACUACACGCUCAUAAUGCAGGGGCUCCAGGAGGAGAGGUUCAGGUGUGAGCGACUUGAGGAGCAGUUGAAUGACCUGACAGAACUUCAUCAGAAUGAGAUCUUAAACCUGAAACAGGAGCUGGCCAGCAUGGAGGAGAAGAUUGCAUAUCAGUCCAAUGAGAGAGCCAGAGACAUACAGGAGGCGCUGGAGGCCUGUCAGACGCGGGUGUCCAAGAUGGAGCUGCAGCAGCAGCAGGUGGUGCAGCUGGAGGGCCUGGAGAGUGGGGCGGCCGCGCGCACCCUGCUGGGCAAGCUGAUCAGCGUGCUGUUGGCCCUCAUGGCAGUGCUGCUAGUGUUCGUGUCCGCCUUGGCCAACUGCGUGGUGCCGCUCAUGAAGACUCGGGGACGCUCCCUGUCCACCCUGCUCUUCCUCCUGCUCCUCGCCUUCCUCUGGAGAAACUGGGAUGUGCUGGCUGGACAAACCCAGGCCCGUGUCCACAUACCCAGUUGAUGUUUGACUUACCUGACGGUCACGUUACAGCAGCCAGUCAGAUGUUAGGGGUGGUCAUCUGACUGGCACCUCAUUGGCCAGUGGUGGCCUUCAUAGUGUCCACUUCUCUGUGAAGACACUGGACCUGAAGAAGACGGGGGCCGAGUGUUUUAGACCCAUCUAGCUGAGUUUGCAAAUCUGUUUACACCUGAAGGAGGCAAAACUAGUUUCCUCCUCUGGCACAUGCAGUGCUUCACUGCUUAUAUUUUCUUAAUUUAAUGUAGAUUAUACUUUCAUUGUAAUUAUUCCUAAUAUAAUUAUUUUAUUAUUAUUUUAUGAUAAUUUUAUUCAGUUCAAUGUAGCAUGAAGCUUCUGUCAAAAAAAAACAUUUGAAAGGACAUCUUAUUCCUCAGUGCCUUACCGCCAGAGAUGAAUUUGAUUGGCUGCCUUCGUGGGGAGUUGUGCCUUUCAGCCUUGAUUGACAGCAAUAGCUGACCUUCCUCCCUGUGUGCACUGCCCUAAAUAAUGAGAUGAGAGAGGGACCCUCUCUGGACUUUGCUUGCAGGAUUGAAUAGAUAAAUAGACAUGCAAUACUUGAAUGAAGUGUCAUUUUGGGGGGAGGGGGGUACCCUGAUUCAACUCCUUUCCAAAUCUUUGAAGUAAAGCAGAUUUUUAUCAAGAAUGAAAUAUUUUGAAGAAUGUUCUUAAUUUAUAGUGAUGCAUCCAUCUGGUUGGUGUGGUCAGUUACAAAGAGUAGAACAGACACGCGCCACACUCGCUGUUACAGACAUGGGCACGCCGAGGACGCAUGUAUGAGAUCCAGAACGUACAUCUUUAUGUUGAUGGCCUGCUUUCUGUCUGAGGAUUGGGAUGUGCGCUUGGACCGGAGCAGCCUUAGCGACACACUUAAUACAUCACACUCUAGAUAUUAAACGUUGAAGACACACCUACUGUUGGUAUGUUGGCAGCAAGCUCAACACCAAUCUCUGUGGAUAACUUUGAUCUUCCAAUCCUUGGUUUGAGUUGAUGCUAGUGUGUUGACUGUGUUAGCAAAGCACCCUUUGUCUGUCUGCACUGCACUUUACCAGUUCAGUCUGUGCGUUGCGCUGUCACAUCACAUACAGACAACCGUGCAUUUUGAUGGCUUUUUCUGAAUGUUUAUGGGAGGAAUAAAGAGUAUCCCUGACUACUUCA